AUGGCUCAUCCAAACCACGUAACACUUGAUAUAGAAGAUGAAGAACCUGCGGAGAUGGCGCCUCGUCAUAACUAUAGAGGAGCAGGAGAGCCAAGUCCUAGACAACCACCUCAGUUCAGAGACAGACCCAUGGGCCUAGGAGAUCAGUUACAAAGUGUAAUCAGGGAGAUCAGACCAAUUGUGGAACAAGCACGUAUACAAACCAGAACCAAUCGGCUGUCGCUGCCUAUUUGGAUGCCAAGGGCCAUACCAGCCCCACCUCCUUAUAUGGUAGACCCGACUCCGAGGCCACUGAGCUCAGUAGCACAUGUAAACUUGGGAGCGAAUGCACAAACAUAUGCAGUAAAUGACCGAGGUGUUCCCAUAACACAUCGGACACAGCAUGAUGUAUUAAUAAGUAAUAGUGAAUCCAGCCUUUCCGAGCCAGACCAAGAGCAAGAGAUUGUGUCAGUGAACCCAGCCAACAACAACAAUAUUCAUGAAAAUGCCGACAAUGAGAGUCAAAGUGAUGAUGGUUCACAGGUGGUAGACGUACGCGCGACGCUGAAUAUCCUCAUUCGCUACGCGCCGUUCUACUUCAUACUGAUCAUCAAAUUCCUGUACGACUGCCGGGAAGGCAUCUUCACGUUCUUGAUACUAUUUGUCACUUUCACACACUGCAAUAGCAUUAUUAGGAGGGAGAACGUGAAACAGAUGCAUCGCAGUCUAUCCUCGUGUCUCCUAGAGAUGUUCACCACUCUCGGCAUCGUCGCCAUAGUUCACUACCUCUUCGGGCACGGGAAGCUCCUCUACAACGUGGUCAUGUUCCCGGCGUACUCCAACCUGAACAUAUGGGAGUUGCUGUGGCUCAUCAUCCUCACAGACCUGAUCGUUAAGAUCAUUACCGUCAACAUUAAGAUGGUAGUCACCAUUUUGCCUUCAAGUAUAUUGCCGUACCAGAAGAGGGGUAGAGUAUUCCUGUUCAUGGAGUCAGUGUCCCAGCUGUACCGCUCACUGCUGACGAUCCAACCGUGGAUAUUCUACCUGAUGCAGUCAUACGAUGACUCUGAGAAGCUGAUGGGCAUGUUUCUCACCUCCAUAUAUGUGAUCUGCAAGAUCAUCGAGGUGACGAUACGGCUGCGAGUGUUCAAGAAUGCUGCCUGGUCAAUGGUGCAGAAUGUGGACCUUGGCACAAAACCGUCUCGCGAGCAGCUGAGCGCGGCGGGCGAGGCUUGUCCUAUCUGCCACGACGAGUAUACGACCCCAGUGCGGUUAGACUGCAGCCACAUCUUCUGCGAGCUGUGCAUCUCAGCCUGGCUCGACCGGGAGCACACGUGCCCACUGUGCCGCGCCAAGGUCUCCGACGAACCCACCUGGCGCGACGGAUCCACCACAUUCGACUUUCAACUUUAUUAA